UAAUUUUAUUUUUAUACACACUUUGCGCAUGCGCACGGUUCUCAAACAUCCUGUUGACAUUCGCUACAAUAUUUGAAAACAAGAAAGAACAUGUGAUAUUAAGUGACAGUGAACGAUAUAGUGUGAUCAAACAGGCUUUUAUGUUUUUAAUUGUUGCAUUAAGACAAAACUUACAAUGGCCUUGCCAUCUAUGCCACAUUACUGGACGACUAGGAGGAAUGUCUAUGAACAGGCCAUAGUAAAAACCAGAAACCAUGAUGACCAUCUCCGAGAGAGGUGGAGCAACACAGCCAACUAUUUUAAGAAAUCCAACAUUGCGGCCUGUAAACAGAGUGAAUGGGAGUCAGAGAGAUCACUUAGAUCAAGUAUGGAUGCCUAUGAAAAAGGCAAAGACACAGAGAAGAAGGCCAAAAAUUUAGCUCUACGCAGAGAGAGACUUGCUGCCAUGUUGAGACAGGAGAGGUACAGGUUUGAGGCUGAACUGAAGGGAUACUCAGUGGAUAAUUAUGACCGCCUAGAGGACAUGAGAGACAGAGUGGACUCCCUAAAGAGUGCUCGUGAAGAAAAACGAAAACAUUUAGCAUCAGAAAAGCUGUAUGAAUAUUGGAGACAAAACAAUCCAGAUAUCAGAAAGCUUGAAUCAGAACAAUUAAAAGACCAUGUAGUGGAUAAAUGGAGCUCACAGGUGGAGGAAGUUCGCGAGAAAGAGGAACAGGAAAGGCAAGAAAAAGAAAGAUUCGAGAGAGAAAUGGAGGAGGAGAGAAUUGCAGCUCUAGAAGAGGAACGACGGAAGGAAGAAGAGAAGUUAGAAGAUGAGAAGAGGUGGAAGGACACUUUGAAGGAACAGAUGCUGGAACUCAGAGAUCGGGAGGCAGAGGCAGAGAGAUUGAAGAAGGAACAAGAUGCCCUACAAAAGGAGCAGUGGAGACUAGAAGAUUUAGAAGAAGAGCGUAAAAAGAUGGAGUCAGCUCGUGGGCAGAGAGAAAUGGGACGAAUGCUUCUGAGACAACACAAGGCUCAAAUGAUGAGAAGAUCUCGACAAAUCCAAGAGGAACUGGAACAAGACAAGAAAAUGUUGGAGGCUUUGAUUGAGAGAGAGAAAGAGGAAAGGGAAAUUCUGACCACGAGGCGAGAAAAAGCUCAAGCUGACGCUGAAUGGAUGAAGCAGGUGAUAGAAGACCAGCUCCGAGUGGAGAAGGCCAGAGAAGCUGAGCUAGACAUGUUGUACCAGGAAGAGGCUGCUCGAAUGUGGGAGAAGAGAGAUGCUGAGUGGGCGCGGGAAAGUAAAGCUCGCGAGAGACUGAUGAGAGAGGUAUUCAAGGACAGACAAGAGCAGAUUGAGGAGAAGCUAGAGGAAGUGCAAAGAGAGCGAGAGGAGUCGCUUCGGCAACGAGAACAGCUGAUCGAGGAGAUGGAGAUAGCCAAUCAGAUGACACAGCGGGACCUAGAGAGGGCCGAGGAACAGAAAGAGGCUCUCAAGCUUGAUCUGAAGGGACAGAUGACGGCGCGUCAGGAGCAGCAGAUGACGGCGCGACAGAGGAUGAAGGAGGAGGAGGAUCGGGAGCAACAGGAGGAGCGCGAGUACGAGGACUUCCUCCAGCAUGAGACGGAGAGGAUGAAGGUGCGCGGCUUUGCCCCAAAGAAUUUCGGAAGGAGAACGGCCUGGAUGUAGGUCACAUGACCCUUGCUGACUGGCCCAGCUCACUGCCCAACACUCGCACAGAGAUAAAUCAGAGGCCCACUCUCAGCAAAACCCCCCGACAAUUGUGAUAUUCCGUUUACAACAUGUAGAUCUUUUGUUGUCCAGAAAUCUCAUUUUGUGCAACUGUAGAGCAGACAUUUUAAAUUAUUCUCAUUUGAGAAUGUGCAUAACUGAAUAUAUGUAAAUAUCAAUAUUAUUUACACAUCAUAGAUUUUUAUUAUUAAAUGUUUUAUCAGGAAACAAG